CCUUUCCUUAGGGUUUAAGGGCCCAUGGCUAUGGCAAUGCGAGGGGGAGGCGCUGGCGGAGGCGGGAGCGCCAAUCUCGGUGCGGCCGUCCAGGCCGAUUGGGAGAAUCGCCAGUUCACGGGCGCGCUCGCGCUCAAUGUCCGCAAGCUCUUCGAAUUCGUCCUCCAAUUCGAGUCUACCACGCGAAACAAGAUCGCGAUUCUCAAUGACAAGCUCACCGCCCUGGAGAGAAAGCUCGAGUUCUUGGAAGCUCAACACAGCAGCGUCACAGCUCCUGGAUCAUCGUGAAUUGAAUUGCAAGCUCCAGAGCUUCGAUCGAUCAAAAGAUCCAAGCUUUCAGGCAAAGAUUUAACAAUGUAAAGCAACUAGAUCUUCUUUGUACUCUUUUUUUCUCUCGAUAUGAUCACAUACACUCCAUCCAGCCUUC